AUGUCCACCACACUCACCGAACAAGCUCCCUCUGAGCACAUCACCAAAUUCGAAACCAACUCCACCACACCUCACGAUAUUCAAGGAGUUCUCAACUAUUACCUCGACCCAGAAGAUGGGAGCCCACCAGAGCCCAACUACGUGAACAAAGUUACCUCAUAUGAUCGCCCUGUACACUCUGUUGAACUCACUGUCCACGAUAUCCGCGGCUCGGAAGAUCAAUAUACAUUGGAUACCACUGGUUUCCAGGUUGUGAAUCAUGUUAGCCAGGAAAAAGAUUUUGUGGAUGAGGAAAAGAUCAAGAAUGAUUACUAUAAAGAGACAGAGGAGUUGUUGAAAAGAGAAACCGGGGCCUCCAAAAUUUUCAUCUUCGACCACACAAUCCGUCGUGAAUCUCUUGAUAAGAGAGCUACAGCGCCUGGUUCUACUGAAACCGUCAACAAUAACCCCGCCCCCGUUGGUAUUCGUGGCCCCGUUCAACGCGUUCACAUCGAUCAAUCCUAUGCCGCCAGUCCCCGCCGCGUAACCCAUCAUCUUCCCGAAGAAGCAGAGAAACUCCUCAAAGGUCGUUUCCAAAUCAUCAAUGUUUGGCGACCCAUCAAGACAAUUCUUAAAGAUCCUCUUGGUGUCGCGGCUGCCAAUUCGGUUAAUGAGGAAGAUCUCGUUCCUAUCAAACUUAUCUAUCCCGAUCGCGAAGGAGAAACCCUCUCUGUCCGCCAUGCUCCGGGUCAUAAGUGGCAUUAUUUGUAUAAGCAAUCGCCCGGAGAGGUACUCUUGAUCAAGUGCUUUGAUAGUAAGACUGAUGGAAGAGCGAGACGUGUCCCGCAUAGUGCAUUUGUGAACUCAGAACAUGAGGGAGGGGAGACGAGAGAGAGUAUUGAGGUUAGAGCGUUGGUGUUCCAUCCAGAUGAUACAGAGUAG